AUGUCGUCGGAGGAUUCAGAUGACAUCGUUUUGCCCAAAGACGAUGAGGAGCUCCACACGCGCAGAGACAAGUACAAGGUUUCAGUAAUUUCUUGGGCGGAAAAAAAGUUCUUUUUAUAAUUUUUUUGAAGCGGAUAAUCAUUUAUAAAUGUCUAAAACCUCUCAUUUGUAUAAUAUUUUUGAAAAAUCAUAUUUGAGGUGGCAAAAAUGUUGGGAAAAGGUGGCUACGGGGCCGUCUACGAAGUCAUCCGCGUCAGUGACAACGAACAUUUCGCCAUCAAGUGCGAAAAAGCGACGGCUGUCAAAAAAGUGAGGAUGUCAGGAGAGAACUGGUUAAAAUGUGAUAACUUUUCUUUACAUUAAAAGUUGUCGAAACAUUUUCAAGUUCUGGCUUUUCCAGGCAAAGUUAGAAGUCCUGAAAAGUCAGAAAAAAAGUGAAGAUAUUAAAAAAGAACUGAUAAAAGUGUCAUUUCGAAACUUCCAUUGCUUUUCUUUAAUGGAAAAAAUAAACUUGUCGAGAUUUUAAGAAUCUAUGGCAGAAGCCCACAAAAGGGCUGCAAAAAAUUCGCUAAAAAGGUUUCUUUUGUGGCCCUCUAACAGGCUGCCGCUAGGACUAGGGCCAAAAACGGAUGGAUAAGGGCGAAAAUAGGGUGAUAAAAGGGCGCCAAGAGAACCUUUUUAGGGCUCAAAAUGGGCGAGAAAAGGGCAAAAAUAGGGUGAUAAAGGGCGCCAAGAGAACCUUUCUAGGGCUCCAAGCGGGCGGAAAAAGGGUGAUUAUGGGCUGAUAAAAAGGCGCAAAAAGAACCUUUCUAGGUUUUAAAACGAGUGGGAAAAAGGCGCCAAGAGAACCUUUCUAGGGCUCAAAACGGGCGCAAAAAAAGGACGAUUGAAGGCUGAUAAAAGGGCGCCAAGAGAAACUUUUUAGGGCUCAAAACGGGUGGAAAAAGGGCGCCAAGAAAACCUUUCUAGGGUUCAAAACGGGCGGAAAAGGGCGAUUAUGGGCCGAUAAAAGGGCGCAAAAAAACCUUUAUAUGCCGUAGAUACCUUAGAAACUAUAUUCUGCUGACGGAAAAGUAAUUGAAACAUUAAAACGAUUUUUUUCCCUUCAGAAUGAAAAAUUCAGGUGUUACUGAUGGACUCGAACGUGAUGCAGGGCGCCAAACAGAUCAGCAGCAAGCAUUUCUGUCAGGUCCUCGACCGCGCUCACGUCAGGGAACGCUUCAAUUUUAUCGUUAUGAAAUUGGUUCGUUGGCUUCUUUUUUUACAGCUAUAUUCUUGAAAAUCGGCCGGAGGAAAGUUUGUUCAGAUUUUGAAUGUCAAGUGGUCGCUCAAGCUCCGCCCCUAAUGGCGCGAUAAACCAAUCAGAGAGCGAGCCAUCCACAGAGUGUUUUUGAAUGACGUCAUUGCACUUGACAUUCAAAACUGAACAGAAUAUACUUCUUGAUAUCAAAGACCCUAAAAGUCCCAAGUGCCCAACUUUCCAUUUUUGGAGAAAGAACACCUCAAAGUCUACGAAAACCUUCAAAAAGCUUGAAAAUUAAUCUUUUCAGCCUCCAAGUUUCUUGAAAAAUUCCCUAUUUUGGAAUUUUUAAAACCACAAAAACGCUCUAAAAAUAAAUGUACUCCAGCUCAUACCCAAAACGUCUCAAAACGGGCUUUGGAAGAAAUUUAAUUUAAAAAAUAAGGAUUUUAAUGUAAUUUGAGCCUUAUUCGUUAUAGAUUUGUUUUUAAAAUAAAAAAAAUCUACAGAUUGGAAAGAAUCUUUGGGAUCUGAGGGUCGAUAGACAAGAUGCCCGUUUCACGCUAAAUACGGCUCUAAAAUCGGCCAACCAGUGCCUCAUCGCCAUUGAACAGUUGCACAGGGUUCGUUUUGAAAUUGAAAAAAAAAAUAGAAAAUUUAUCGAAUUUUUUGAGGGUCAUUUUGAGUCAAAAAAAGUUUUUAAUCUUUUGGAAUUCGAAAAAAUAAUUGAUAAAACGUCCCAUUCUGUAAUGACUGAAUAAAAAAACCUCAUUUUCGUCGCUAAAAAUUGGAAAAACAUUAGAAAAUGCUCUAAUUUUUUUGAGACAUCAAGUCGUUCGGAGAAAUUUCGUUUUUUUGAUUUUUUUAGGAACUUUUUAUAAGUACUAUGAGAGCACAAUAUGACCUCAAAAAAAAAUUUUAAACCUGGUGAAACUUCAAAAAAAAAAUAAAUAAAAAUCUCUUUUUAACAUAUUUUCACGGAAAAAAGUCCAUUUUUCGAGCCAAAAGCUCAUUUUUGCCUCUAAAAAUUGGAAAACCUUGGAAAAUGCUAAAUUUAUUUGUUUCAAGUUUGGCUAUCUUCACCGCGACAUCAAGCCGGGAAAUUUCGCGGCGGGAAGAAAAGAGUCACACGAACACCACAUCAUAUUCAUGUUGGAUUUCGGCCUUUGUCGGGAAUUCAUCAAGCGUGACGUUCAUUUUUAUUUUUUUCUCUUUUUCUUUAUUUUUUUUCUUUUUCUUUAUUUUUUUUUUUUUCAUUACCUAAUGGUCAAAAUUUAAAAAAUGCGCCGCCUUGUGGAGCUUUUCUUGAAGUUUCAGAAGAUAUCGUUUUUUUCUUUAAAAACUGUUCCAAUCCCACCAAAUUCCGUUUAUUUAAACUUAAAAAAAGCUCAAAAUAAUCAUUUUUUUCAAUGAAAAAGCGAAAAUGUCUCAAUUUUUCGCUUUUUCAUUUCGAAAAAACAUUUUUUUCGACCAAAAAAAUCUAAAAAUUUGAUCACGAUCGAUAGCUCUCAAGGUGGUAAUUCCUUUGAUAUGAACGAAAAAAAAAUUUAAAAAUCGAGAAGAAAAGUGCAUGGAAAAAAAUUCGCUUUAAUGAAAUUAAAAAUUUUUUUGACUCAGCUUUUUUUAAUAGGUUGGACACAGUUAGAAAUUGAUGAAAAUGAUAAAUUCCAGAAGCUUUUUCUCACGUUCACGAAUAUUUUUUGACAGUUUUAUUUUGAACUCCAGAAAAAAACUAUUUGAAUCAAUAUAGAAUAGUUAUUAUUCAUUUCUUUUAUGUUAACAAACUUUUUGUAAUCCUAGUACCCAAUUAUAUUGCUAAUAACAUGUCUAUAAACAUUGAAAUUGAAGGAAAAUAAAGAUAUUCGAGCAAUGAGGGCGUCGGCGCCGUUUCGCGGCACAACACGCUACGCGCCACUUAGCGCCAUGCUUCAGGUUCUUUUUUGAAACUUGGAAAAUGGAAAAAUUAAUUGGGGCAAUCAAAUCGUCUUGUAUCAAUUGGAAAAAAAGGCUCCAACCUCAAGUCAAUCUCUCAAUUUUUCUCUUUUAAUGGGGGAGAAAAAAAAUGAAACUUGAAAAAGAUCGGAAUUUGGAGAAAUUGAUGAAUAUUUUUCCUCAAGAAUUUAAAAAAAUAUACCUAAAGAGCAAAAUUAUGAAAAAUUUCAAAAAAAUCUAAAAAAAAUAUUUUUGUGGGAAAAGGAAUUUCAUGUGCGGUAUAUUCUGGUCUUGUUGAUACGUAAAUAUUUUUUUACCGUUAUUGAAAAAAAUUGGAAGUAUCAGAAAAGUAUAUUCUUUAAAUUGCGAAGAUUUCGCGAAGUUCGACAACUAUUAUCUUAAGUUUAAAAAUCCAAAAAAAAAUUGGAGUAUGCGAUAUUGCGUCUCGGUUUGUACACCCUGAACAUCAUAGUUCACGGAAGAAACAAAAUAAAAGUCGAUACAUAAUUAAAAUUAGAGCAUAGAAUUUGAGCUAAUAUUUAAAAAAAACAGAAAGAUCAAUCGCGAAAAGACGACAUCGAAGGAUGGCUUUACAUGGUCGUCGAGUGGACUUCUGGCGGCCUUCCAUGGCGAAAAUUAAAGGUUCAAAAUCCUUUUUUUUAGAAAUGAACGAAAUUUGAGGCUACCGACCGCGAAAAAGUCCUGCAAUACAAGCAGGACAUCCGUGCAAAGCCCGACUAUCUCGACGAUUUUUUUUACAACUGCCCAAAGCGCGAAUUCAAGAGGAUAAUGGAUGUGGGAGUUCAAUAAAACUCUAAGAAUUUGGAGAAGAAUACUCCGGAAAAAAAGAUCUGCUAGUCUUCAAAAAACAGCGUCAAAAACGAGCUGAACAAUUUUAAACCAUUUUCUGAUAAAGAUAAAAUCUAGCCCACUCAAUUUUACUUUACAAGGUUAAAAAAAAAUCACAAAAUAAUGAAAAUUUUUGAAUAUUCACUUCCAGCAACUCAAUAAAGGGGAAAGUACAAUGAAAACAGUUUUUAAAGAUUUUCUCUCUCUCUCAAAUGUGACUUGAAAAAUGGAAUUUCCAUCCUAAGACUAUUCACCAUAACUUUGAAAUCACGGAAAAUUAAUUGGUAAAGUCGAAAAAUCGAUAUAUAUUUUCAGUACAUCGACACUUUGGACUAUUACCAAGUGCCCGACUACAAGUUUGUUCACUUCUGCGUUCAACACGCCGAAAAGGUUAGAGAGAUAAAACUUAAGAACUUCUUAUGAAAUAAAGAGAAGUGUAAAAAUAUGAAAAAAGGGGCUACUUCCGAAGAUUCGAAUUUCGGAAAGAAAUAUAGAAAGAGCGGGCUGAAUUUUUAAAUUUUAGCCUGAUUAGUGAUAAGAAAUCUUAAUGUUUCUUUUUGAAAUUUAUAAUUUUUUUCGGAUGCUCCUCGACAGAUCCACCUUUUUGAAUUCCCACAUUCUCGAAACUUUCGAAAUUUGGGCUUAAUUUUGAGUUUUUUUCUAAAGCUUACUGGAACAGUACUGAAAAAAACAAUAAUUUUUGAUAUUUUUCCUUUGAAAAAAAUUGUGAAAAAUUUUUUUAAAAAAAUUUUUUUCUCAUUAAAUCUUUUUUUCUUGAUACUCUCCUUCGACCUCUUUAAACUAUCCAAGUUCAAUUUUUACGCAUUUUUUUUUUGAAAAUCGAGCCUAAAUUUGAGUUGAGCUUUUCCUUCCGAGGCUUACUGUAACAGUAUUGAAAACCAAGAGAUCCUUUUGUCCCUCGAAAAAUUGUGAAAUUUCCAGGCAAACGUUCCCUUUUUUGAACGCUCUUUCGAUCUCUUUAAACUAUCCAAGUUCAAUUUUUACGCAUUUUUUUAAAAAUCGAGCCUAAAUUUUGAGAUUCCCCUUCCAAGGCUUACUGUAACAGUACUAAAAAGCACAAAAUUCAAUUAUCCCUUCAAAAAUUGUGAAAAUCUCCAGGCAAACGUUUACUUUUUUUGAACGCUCUUUCGAUCUCUUUGGAGUAUCAAAGUUCCAAUUUUUAAAUUUUUUUUUAAAUUUUGAGCCUUUCCUUCCAAAGCUUACUGUAACCGUAUUGAAAAACAAGUAGUUCAAUUUUCCCUUGGGAAAAUUGUUGAAAAUUUCCAGGCAAACUUUUACUUUUUUUAAACGCUCUUUCGAUCUCUUUGAAGUAUCAAAGUUCAGUUUUAUUUUUUUCAAAAGUUGAGCUUUUCCUUCCAAAGCUUAACUGUAACAGUACUGAAAGCAGUAAAGCCCAAUUUUUUUUAAUAGACUAUAAGAAUUGUUCCAGGCAAACAACUGCAAGGAAACGGACCCUCUGGACUGGGACCCGGACACGCCCUACAACGGCCCGAAGGAGACCCCCGGGGACGGCGUUCCCAUCACCUACGAACGUCUUCAGAAGCUCGACAUCGACCAGACGAUCGAGGCUUCGAAACGAAAAGGUUCCGUCGGGAAACAGGUCAGUUUUUUCCUUUGAUUCCAUCAAAAAUAUCGAUUUUCAGCCGAAAAAGGGCAAGAAGGCUCAAACACCAAAGGACGAAGAGAAGGAUAAGAAAUGA